UAUGUUUACAACCCGCUGAUUGAAUAGGAUUGACUAUAAUGUUCGCCUUCUCGCGUGUACACUAAAGCGUCGUCUGCAGUCAAUAGCAGACGAUAAUACACGCGCUCUCGAGGGAAGCAUUAGCAGACGAUUUCCGGAAAAGCCCAUAGAGAUGUGUAAGCGCCGAUAGAUUGUAUCAAAGGUGGAUGUGACAACGCAUGCGGAACACACAAUACGGAACACGAGAACGAAGCGUGCCGAGUGACCACAAGUGUAUACCAUGAAGGUAUUUCAACCCGGUUGAAGAUCGUGUCUCCACUGAAGCUGAGAUGGUUUAAAGACAAUACAACCGAUGUCCUCCUGUAGUUCACUUUUGAACGCAUCUAACCACUGCAUUGAUCAUACCACAGUACCUUUUCGUCUCAAACAUAUUUUUGUAACAGAAGAUGACAGUCAACGCUUUAUGCUCAACGUGAAUAUUUCAUGUAUCCACACUGGCUUGAUAAAACGGUUACACAUGCAAAUGACCCUUUCCUUGGCGUCCGGUGGAAUAUAUAUCUACGAGACACAAUAGGUCUUAGAACGUCAAUGGCCUCUAUUCCACAGGGAGUAUUCAAAUAAGACCGUCUUCCUUUGACAUGGUGUUACAGUGUUCACAACUACAACCAGCGUUAUCAUCUGGACUUCAGGCAUGUAAAGUGCUGUGCGAACAGGACCACCAUAUGUUGGUUACAUCUGUUCUAUAAUAGGGAUAACACCGACCACCUACAUCUAUGAGAAAUAUUACGGAGUCAAAGCAACAUUUGUUUGACAACAGUUCGUCCAUGAUACCAGGGAGUAAAUCCUGAAGAGGUGUGACUGACGUUUACAAGUAGUUUUGGUUAAGGUCAACACAAUUAUCACAUCACAUUCGUGAAGAUCUUAACCUACCCUGGACCUGGCACGGAGAUUUAAAAUAGUGUGCAAACAAUUGACCAAUCAAGAGAAACAACUACUCUGGAGUAUAAGUUGGACCUGCCGUAGCUCUGACGAUGGAACCUGGGACGAGACGUCUCAUCAUCCUUGUUGUUAUAAAUGUAUUCUACCUCUGUAUGGGAGGCGUUAUCUUCUCCAAACUGGAGGCGGAAGCAGAGAGGACCCGCAUGGGCACUUUACGAAGUCAUAUUGAAGAAUUCCUGGGCAAUAACUCGUGCGUGUCACGAGACGUGCUGCACGAGCUGCUCAAACACGCGAGCCAGGACAAGGAGCUUGUGUCUUACGCCGUUGAAAACCGAACAAACCUCGACAGAUGGGACUUCGGGGGAGCUUUCGGCUUUGCUGUUUCUGUAGUAACGACAAUAGGUUUCGGCAACAUGUCUCCCAGUACCAUCAUUGGGAAGAUCGUGUGUGUGUUUUACGCCAUCGUCGGGAUCCCGGUCACAAUGCUGAUGCUGAGUGGACUUGGUCAACAACUAGCGGGCCUGUCCAACAAGGUGAACCAGCUGAAGCUGUGCUCACAGAAGCCUGUGGUCAACAAGGUCCUCAACAUGGUCCUCAUCAUCGUGCUGGGGCUAGCGCUCAUGUUCGGACUGCCUUCCUUUGUGUUUCAUAUCGUGGAGGGAUGGGACAUCAUGGAAGCGCUCUACUUCUGUUUCACCACGCUCAGUACUAUAGGAUUUGGAGACUAUAUUAUCGGUAUUCACGAGAAGAAGAUAUCGGCAGGCCCAGCCCGUGAUGCGUAUGAGAUUGCGGCGUAUGUUUGGAUCCUUCUUGGGUUGUCCUAUCUGUCUCUGGUCAUCAAGUACAUCACAGACGUGCUGGUUCAGAACGCCUCAAAGAUGGAGAGAAAAACACUAAAGAGAUUUGAAAAUGAGAUUGGUCGCUUGGACGAACUUAAGAAUGGCGUGGUACCAAAUUUGAGAAAAAAUAAACUCUCCAAGUCUAAUAGUACGAACAGCGUGAGUACUGCGCACGACAAGAAUGUCCAGCUUGUCAGUAUUAACCAUUUGUAAUGUCCAUCUUCAUCACUGGACUUUCAGUGUUCAUGACACGACUACCACCGCAAACAACUUUAGACGGCCUUCAGUUUUUGACAUCUGUAUCAAACAUUAAAUACGUCAUGUCAGCGUUUGAUCUGAUCGGAACAACAACUUUAGACCUCAUUGUGUCAUAAGUCAUCUGUAUGAACCAUCUAUGAUAUCAUACCAAUGUUUGAGCUGAUCGGAACAACAAGAAGUAUGAACCAUCUAUAACAUCAUACCAGUGUUUGAGCUGACCGGGA